AGUCGACGAAGCGCCAAAAUGACAACAUGCCUGCCAAGUCAGAUGUUCUAACCUAAAUUAUGUAAUGAUGUUCGUCCUCCAAUCUCAAGGAUUAUUUUCCAAAUUAUUGUGACUAAAAUCGUGUGAAGCACAAUGUUUAUAGUUCGUAGAUUUCCAAAUAUUCCCGUGAGUGGAGUGAAACGCUUGUUUCACGUUUGUGCCAUCCCCCAAAACCUCGCGAAACAAUUGAGUGAAAAUAAUCCUAGUGUAGGUCCACUUCAGGAGCUCGAAAGGAGGAUCCAGGCCGGAGAAUUAUCUCCGGAUAAGCAUCAAUUGCAAGUGACGGAAGCCCUUCAGAAUAUCUAUGACGAAAUACAGUCAUAUAGCCCAGCUAAUGCUAGUUCUGGAGGGUUUUUCCGAUUCUUUCAGAAACAAGAGAAAACCUCCGAUGGUCCAAAGGGAUUGUACGUCCACGGAAGUGUUGGUGGUGGAAAAACAACCCUGAUGGACCUUUUUUACGAUUGCUGUACUGGCGUGGAGAAGAAGAGAAGAGUUCAUUUUAACUCCUUCAUGACCGAAGUUCACUCCCGGAUUCAUGCAGUGAAGAAAAGCCAGCAAGUCGUGUACAGCAGAGAUGAUAAGCCAAAGCCCUUCGAUCCCACCAAACCCGUAGCUGAUCACAUUGCCCAGAACUCCUGGCUCAUCUGCUUCGAUGAGUUUCAAGUUACCGACAUUGCUGAUGCAAUGAUCCUUAAGAGACUCUUCACGCAUCUCUUCAACGAUGGCAUCGUGAUGAUUGCUACUAGCAACAGAGCUCCUGAUGAUUUAUACAAGAAUGGGCUGCAGAGGAGCAAUUUCUUGCCAUUCAUUGGCAUCCUCAAAACACACUGUGGAGUCAUUUCUUUAGACAGCGGAAUUGACUACCGUGCCAUGGCUCUCAAAGGAGAUGGAGAAAAUUACUACAUCAAAUCUCCAGACAAUGAUGAUGCAUCGAAGGCCAUGGAUCGCAUGUUCAAGAUUCUCUGUUCACAGGAAAAUGACAUCAUCAGGCCGAAAACAUUUACCCAUUUAGGCAGGAAUUUGACUUUUGCAAAGACAUGUGGUCAAAUUCUCGACACGACCUUUGAGGAAAUCUGCGAAAGCGCUCUGGCUGCGAGUGAUUACCUGCAAAUUGCGCAGUUUUUCCACACAAUUCUCAUUCGCGAUGUGCCUCAGUUGAAUAUUAAGAAAAAAUCCCCGGCAAGGAGAUUUAUCACCCUCAUAGAUACUCUCUAUGACAAUCGCGUGAGAGUUGUGGUAUCAUCGGAUGUGCCCUACAAAAAACUCUUUUCUGUUGAAGAGUCUCAUGAUGAUAGUUUAGAUGAGCAUAGAGUGCUCAUGGAUGAUUUGAACAUCAAAAUUGGAUCAGAAAAUGCUGCAUCGAAUAUCUUUACAGGUGAAGAGGAACUGUUUGCCUUCGACAGGACAAUGUCUCGUCUGGCAGAGAUGCAAACUCCAGAAUAUUGGAAUCAAUGGGAGAAGCACAGAUAAUGUGUAGAAAAAAAUAUUUUAGGCUCAAAAUUGUACUUAUUUGAACCGAUAUUUUUUUUAAAGGUAAAUCAAAGAUUUUUUCUCUCUUCGUAAAUUUAUUUAUUCGCUGUUAAUAUGGAAAUAUUUAUUUUUUUAGUCCACUUUUACAAAUCUAAUAGAAAAAAAUUAACCACAGUAUUUUUCUGAUGUGAACAAUUGUUUUUUUAGGUGAGAGAAAUAAAUAAAAGUGAUGUUUACCGAGCAAUAAA